UGUCUGUCUAUAAUCCAUAACCCUCAUACAGUUAUUUCCACUCAAAUCAUAAACAAGCAACAUGAAGCCGUUGACCUGCUUGUGUGCGUGUUGAUUGUCGACAAAGUUUCGGUUUUGUGUAAAAACUGUAGUGAAUUCAGAGGAAAGUGAAAGUGAAAGACAUAAACGGCAGAUGAGGAAUGUAUCGUUGCUGUGUUACCUCGUGGCACGUUGUACUUAUCAUGGUUUGGUUUGUAAACCGACUUUAUCCUUUAGUGGACUGGUUAUGGCGCAGACUGUGUUUCAUGUGGCGGUGUUUGAUCAGAGUUUCUGCUCCAGUAGUCGGACGUACACUUUCAGCGAUAGGCUCCAAGAGAAGUGAUCACGGAAGCCAGAGUGAGCCUGAAACAAGUGACGAAAACAAACCUCCAGGGACAAGCUCCCCAAAGGAGGUAGAGGGGGUUUACUGUGAGGGUCCACAUGCGGCAGGGAACAGGGUCGUUGACCAGCGGUCAGAGUUUGAAGAAGAUGAGGAUAAUGAGUUAAGCGAUGAUGAGUUUCGAGUUGAGACCACGGACGAGUUUUACUGUGACUAUGAUUCAACCUGGGAGACUGAGGAGAGUCAGGAGGGUCCAUUCAAGAGGACCAGCCGCCCACAGUCCAGAAAUUACAAGUUUAACAGAUUUAGAGAUGCAGCAAGAGACAUGCAGAACUACAGGCAUGGCUACCCUCUCGACAUCAGACCACAACGCUGGAACAGGCCCCCACCUCUUGAGCAGGAUGACAAGCCUAACUUGAACUUCUACCUUGGACUGAGGUCCUCAUCACCUGACGGUGUCUACAUAAAUGAUUUCCACACUCAAUGGUAUGGAGAAUAUGACACACUGGAGUAUGUACACACCUAUAUUCAGUGGUUGUUCCCACUGCAAGAACCAGGAAUGAACUGUGAUGCCAGGACACUGACAAAGGCAGAAAUUGAGGAAUUUCUGAAUAAUGCAACUGCAAAGGCAAAUCUGUUGACAUCGUACAAGCUCAUGUUGGACUUUUAUGGUAUCGAAUUGUGUGAUGAGGAAACAGGAGACGUCAAGAGAGCAUGGAACUGGAAAGACAGAUUCAACAACCUGAACAGUCACACUCACAACAACCUGCGCAUCACCCGCAUCCUGAAGUGCCUGGGGACCCUGGGGUACCCUCACUACCAAGCCCCCCUGGUCCGCUUCUUCUUGGAGGAGACUCUCGUCAACGGAGAACUCCCAAAGGUCAAGGACAGUGUCCUCAGCUACUUUCUGUUCGCAGUCUUGGAUAAAAGACAACGCAGGGAACUCAUCAAGUUCGCCUAUUUGGAAUAUGACCGUAGAGAUGAGUUUGUGUGGUGUCCAAAGAAAAUACAGAUAAAAUGGUCAAUGUCCAAGUCACAGAAGGAAAUGCAUAGCAACAAACAGGCUCAUGUGCUUGACAUGGUGUAAUAUCUGGUAACAGUGUCUCUAGCUGGACCUUGAUAACAUUAAGCCUGCCGCCACAGAGCAACAGUUACUACCAGCUGGUGGAGGAGGUGACCCCAAAGCCUUAAAGUUCUUAUGCAAGUCCACAACAUGACUGCAAUUCAAAUACACAGCCUGAAGAGAAUCAAGAGGGUCAAAGCAGCAAAGACAGAGGCAGUGAUGAUGAGUUAACCAGUCAGAGGCAGAGAAACUCCAGAUUCUGAGGGUGAUCAGAGCAUCUUUGAAAUUUACUUUAACUACACAGUUGGUUUCUGUACUUUACACACCAAACUGAAUAUACUGUUAUUUAUGCAAAUGUUUUUUCACUUUAGUAUUAACAGUUUUGAUUUCUGGAUUUUUUUUUUCUUGGUCGUCUCAUUCUUGUUCUCGGGCUUUCGUAUAACAUUAAUUUCCAGUCUUCUGAACCAAAUGAAUGUUUUACACAAAGAGUGCAAUUUUAAUACAAGUGCUUUUGUCAUGAUGUGGGUAAGUAGCACAUAAAAAUAGUUUUAAGAACUGUUCAUCAGUUUGUUUGUGGUAAAUCAGUUUCUAGAGUCUAAAGUUUUUGUUUUGAUUAUCUUAUUCUGUGUUCACAGCCUGUUUGUUAUACCUACUUGUUUUAUAUGUCUUAUGUGCACAGAUCUUUUAAUCUUCCAUUAAUUCCUAACUGUAAUCAGAGUAAUAGUAAUAUUUUUGCAGUGGCAAGGUUGAAACUAAGGCCUGGUCAUUGCUGAGAAGGAAAGUUGAUGUUUCAGAGUUUAACUGCCUAACUGUAAUGAAGUAUGCUACUGGAAAAGGAGUAAGGAAAUACUGUAAUCAUGUAUGAAUCCUGUUGAUUUAAGAAAAAAAUUCUGUCUGACACAGUUUGUUUACAAUGCAGGUCAGUUUGUUAUUAUGUUUCUUACAAAUAAAAAACAGAAGUGUGA